AUUUAUACAAGUGUGAAUUCUGAUUAACUGAGUGAUAAAUUAUAUAAAGUGGAGAGAAUUAAGUAGAUUUCUAUUAUAUGAAUAACUUGCCCAUAUAAACUUGUGUAUUCUCCAACAGAUUCAUAUAAAUAGCAUAUUACUGUACAUUUUUAGAUAAGUUUAAAAUUUUAUCAGUGUAAUCAUGACAAUUGUGUUCCAUUAUAGGAUUAGUGAAAUUUUAAAAUGUUUUAUAUAAUGCAUAUAAUACAUAUAUGUACAUACAUGAAAGUUUUCCAUGAUGAUGUACCUCCACCAGGGGCGUAUGAUCCAAAAUUAGAUAGUAAAGUAAAAGGUUUUGUUAUUGAAAAGUCAGAGAGAUUUCAUGAUAACAAAAGCGUUGCCAGUGCAGAGUGCAAUGUAUCAGUGUGCACUAAAAAUGCAAGCAAUGUGGCAAUUACUUUUAGAACGCCACAACCACCACGAAAACACAAUCGAGACCAAACAAGAUCAAGUUCAAAAGUGAAGUCACGUGGGCUUAUUACUGCUAACGACCAAAAAUUGAAGUACGAUUCCGAGCAUCAACUUGCUGAUCUUCAAGUAGAAUGUUCCAACAAAGACAGGACGAUACAAGAGCUUGAGAAGCACAUCGAGGACAUGAAGGAGGAAGUACAGAAAUUAGAAUUGCAACUCGACGAGUUACAUAAAAAACAAACAGAAGUAGAGGAGCAACACCGAAAGGACAUAGAAAUAAUGGCUAAAUUGCAACAAGAAAUUUUAAAUGGUUACGAUGAAAAGCAUCAAACCGAAGUGAAGCGCCUUCGUUCUCAGCUUUUGGAAGUUUCAGAGGAGAAAGAACGCGAAAUUGAAGCAAGAAAAGCUAUGGAAGGUGAUCUUAGAAAUCGUAUCGCGGAUUUCUCGAAAAGAAUAGCAGCGUUAGAAUAUGAAUUGGCAGAUAAAAAACAUACAAACGUGAAAAGGGUUCAAUCUCUUGAAAUACAAAUUGAAGAACUAACAAUAAAAUUAGAAGAGAUAACAGUAAGUCACAAAUAUGAAGUUGGCUUGCUGGAACAAGAAAAGGCCAAACUUAAUUCAUGUGUUAUUAAUUUAAUGGAGGAACGUGAUAAGUUGGAGCUAAAGUUGCAAAAGCGACAAAAUGUAGUUCUUGAACUACAAGGACAACUAUCUGCCCUUCAAUGUGAAUUAGACGAACUAAAGGGUGAAUAUGAAAAAGUUGUUGAAAAUUUUUCGAAAAAAGUGGGUGAUCUUAGAUAUAAAUAUGAAGAAGAAACUAAUAAAUUGAAACUCGAUUUUGGAAAAGAAAAAAUGAUCCUUAUCAAUGAAAACGAAUUUGAAAUGUCGCGUAGGAUAGAAAUUGAAGCUAAAGUAAAAGAUAUUGACGAAGAAAAUAAUUUUUUGAGAAAAGAACUGGAAAACGUUCAAAAUCUUUCCAAAGAUGUUAAUAAUCGUUUACGCGAGGCGCAUCAAGAAUUAGAAGAUUCACAUAGAAAACACACUCUUAUUUUGAAAAAACAUCAGGAAGAAUUAGGUGAUAUAAUAAAACUUCAUGAUGAAGAAAAAUAUAAACUGAAAAAGCAAUUGGAGGAUGCAAGAUUGAAUUAUAUAAAAGAAAUAGAAAAUCUAACGGUAGCAAGAGACAAAGAAGUAUCAGAAGUAAAAGAAGCUGCGGGCAAAAUGAUCGAAGAAGAAACGAAACGAAUUAAACAACAUGCCGAUAAAUUAGUAACAAAUGCAGAAGCUGUUACGAGAGAAACAUUGGCAGCUUGCCGUACCGAAUGUGAGGAAAGAGUAAAAAGAGUGAUUGCUGAUAGUGACGCGAAAGUAAGCGGGUCACACAUAAAUGCUAUGAUCAGAGAGGCAAAGAUUACUGUAGAGGAAGAAAUGCGACUUACCGCGGAAAGGUAUAAAGCGUGUUUAGCGCGAGUAGAAAUGGAACGAACGGCAUUAGACGAAAAACUGGCGAUUAAAGAUGCUGAAAUUAAUAGACUUUCCGCGACUCUGGAAGAAUUAAAGAACUCUGCAGAAACUCAGGAAAGUUUUGGCCAAAGCUUACAAAUAGAAUUAGAUCGAGCAGAAACUGAACUAGCAGAAAAGAAAGAUGAAUUAAGAGCUCUAAAAGAUCAAAUCCGAGCAGAGGCAGCGGAAAUGGUAGCUAGACGAAAGAGAUUCGAAGUUAUAAUGGCUGAAAAUCAAGCAUCAGUUGCUGCUUUAACUAAACGUUUGGCUCAAAGUAAUGCUGAAGUGGAAAGAUUACAGCAUGAAUUAAAACGUGGUGAAGAUUGCAUAAACGAACAUCGUGAUUUACUGAGUAUUAUGCGCAACAACUCUCAAAUAGUACAUGAACAGGUGCAUGUUUUGAUGGAUCAAUUAGACGCCAAAAAGGGAUUGGUCGAUCAACUCGAAGCUGAAAGUUUAAGCGAAUUGGAAUCAUUAAAAUCUGUAUUUGAAGCUAAAAUCGAUGACUUAAAGAAAAUAGCAACCAGACAAGUUGCGAAAUUACAAGCUGAGAAUGAUGUGAAGACCGCACAAAAUAUUGAGAUGAAAAAUCAGCUUCAAGAAAUGGCUAACCAUCUUGCUGAAGCACAAAAUAUGCUGCUUAAAUUGGAAGAAAGAAACGAUGCUCAAGAACUCGAAAUUUCUCGAGCGGAUAUGCUAAACAACAAAUUUAACGAACAGUUGAAAGAACGUGAAACAGCAAUAGAAGACUUAAAUAAAUUGUUAGAGCAUCAAUCAGAAAUUCAAAAAGUUACCUUAAAUGAAGCAAGUCUGAAAAUAGGAGAACUUUCUGAUAAAAUUAAAUGUCUUGAAGAAAAGGAUAGCCAGAUAUCGAAACAUAAUGAAUUACUCGAAGAAGAACAGAACAAAUGGAGAAGUUUAGAAAAAACGAUUAUAGAAAAGCUUGAAGAAGAAAAAUCUCGCCGAGAAGCAGCUGAAGAUGAAGUGAAAAAGCUUUCUAAAUAUAACGAGCAACUUCUAAAAGAUUAUCAAGAAAUUCAUGAAAAAUACGCUGAAGUUGUUGGUCAUCAUAAUCACAGGCAAAGAAUUAAACAUGUAUCUCAACUGAAAGAUAAAAUCAAUCAACUCGAACAGGAUUUAUAUGCGAAGACGAGGACAAUAGAACAGCAGCACAAGAUGAUAGAAAAAUUGAGAGCAGAAGAAAAACGUGCGCAUAGUAAAGGAAAAGAGAACAUGUUAGGAAUUUCACAGAACACAUUUGCGACACCUAUUCCUUCCCCACAUAAACCAUUGACGCCACUAAGGAAUCGGAAUGAUUAGUUUUAAUAUUAGCAUAUUAUUCAUUUAUGAUUAUCAUAAAUGCGAGUUGGUAAUAAUU